AUGUGGUCGGUUUCGAUCGCCAGGUGGGUGCCAGUGUUCUGGGUCACUUUCGAUCAGGCGUUGCCCGAAAGUGCGCUGGCCAGUGUGACAAAGGUGGCAGGAGCAUCCCUGGGUGGUCUCAUGCUCUAUGCGGACGGAACAGAUGCGCGCAGAUUGCUAGCGUUCCCUCCAGCGCCGGCGCCAGUAACAGCUGGAUCGACGCUAUCAUCUUAUGAGUACACAGCGCCCAGCGGUGCCCCGGCCGGCGAGGCCGCACCCGCGCUGCCCGCAGCCAGCGCUCCAUUGGCCGCCACCGCCUACGCAGUCCCUGCAGUGGCAGAGUCAUACGCAGCUCCUGUGACGGCCCCGACGCUGGCACCCACGGUUAGCGCUCUGUCGCUGCCGACCCCUGCCGCACCUGUUUACGCGCCCGCAGCCGCGCCCGAGGCUGCACCCGUAUACGCGCCGAUUGCCGCGCCCGUUACGGCCCCGGCGGCCCAGCCGUUGCCGUUUGCAACCGCGGUAUACACCACCGCGCCGUCUCUUGCGCCGAUUGCGGCCCCGGUGGAGGCUCCGGUGGAGGCUCCAGCGUCGGAUGUGACGGCUUUCUCACUGCCGGUCAGUGCGCCCACGCUUGCCCCAGCCGGCGUGCCUGCACCUGUCGCGGUCCCAUCCACGACCACAUUCUCUGCACCCACCGAGGCGCCUGUUACGGUUCCCUCAACUACCAUUCUCACCCCUUCCGCGCCUGCACUUGCCCCGGCGAUCGCUUCCACCGAGCUCUCUACGCCGGCGCCAGUGAGUGCACCUGCAGUGACUGCUCUGGAGGCUUCUGCGCCUGCGCUUGCCCCUGUGACUUCUACCGCGAUCUCAGCACCGGCUCCGACCACCACCUCCGCAACUUCCUACGCAGCUUCCACCAGCGGGUCGCCCCCCCCUCCACCCCCCCCUCCGCCGCCGCCGCCACCGCCGCCGCCGCCGCCGCCACCGAGCAAGCACUGA